AUGGGCUUGUUGUCGCUAGGCACUCCGCUAGACUGGCACCAGUCGAAGAAGUACAACGACCAUGUUCGGGAAAACGGCAUUGAGCAGCUCAUCAACAUAUUCCGCCAGCACGGAAAGAGAAACAAUGACCACUUUUAUUGGGGCGAUGAGGUUGAGUACAUGUUGGUCGACAUCGAUGAUACCAAGAGAACCGCCAGAUUGGCCAUAGACAAGGAUAGCAUUUUGGACGAUUUAAACGACCCAGAGAAGCCAGAGGUCUCGGGCAAAGCUCUUGACAAUAACAUAUCGUUCCAUCCAGAAUAUGGUAGGUAUAUGAUCGAGGCCACCCCAUUGAGACCGUACGAUGGCCAGAGCCUCGACGAUUACCUUUACGUUGAGGAGAAUAUGGUCAAGAGAAGAGAAGUGUCGCAGUCUGAGUUACCUGCCAACAUUAUUCCUUUGACGUUGACUGCAUUUCCUCGCAUGGGCUGUGGAAUAUUCACUUCUCCCCCAGCCAAACCAAUUGGCCCAGCAUCUCAAUCUCUUUUCUUGCCUGAUGAAAUCAUCAACAGACAUGUCAGAUUUCCUACCUUGACGGCAAAUAUUCGAAAGAGGCGUGGAACAAAAGUCUCUAUUAACUUGCCCAUUUAUCCCGACGAGAACACCAAGUUGAUCGACGACUCCAUUCCUCAUAGAGAUCUUUUCCCUUCCGACAAGGAGCCUUUCCUUGGCUCCUCCAAACCUGGUCAUGUCUACAUGGAUUCCAUGGGUUUUGGAAUGGGUCUGUCUUGUCUUCAGGUGACCAUGCAAGCUAGCAACAUCGCUCAAGCGAGAUACUUGUAUGACUCGUUGGUUUCACUUACUCCGGUAAUGUUAGCAGUUUCAGCUGCUGCACCAGUGUUUAAGGGUUUCUUGGUUGACCAGGAUGUUCGUUGGAAUGUCAUCAGUGGUGCUGUGGAUGACAGAACGUUCAUCGAAAGAGAUGUGGAGCCAUACGAGGGCACUGACUAUUUCGGAGGAUUAGACGUGAACCAGAGAACCAAGUCUCACUUCAAGCAUCUUGGUGGAGGCAGAGGCGUGAAUGGAGACAAAGUGAUCAAUGAAUUCGGCGAUAUCGGUAUCCACACCCUAGACGGCAAGCCUAUUCAGAAGAUUCCGAAGUCUAGAUAUGAGUCAGUCGACACAUAUUUGAGUGACGAGGGAUACCAUGAAAGCCCAUACUUCAGCAAGAGCUACAAUGAUAUUUUCUCGCCCAUCAACAAGAAGGUUUUCGAUAAGCUCAAGAGCACCCAGCAUUUUGACGACGUCUUGGCUCACCACUUUGCACAUCUCUUCAUUAGAGACCCCAUUGUCAUAUUCAAUGAGAGAGUAGACCAGGAUAAUACCCAAGAAAACGACCACUUUGAGAACAUUCAACUGACCAAUUGGCAAACGUUGCGUUUCAAACCUCCCGCAUUGUAUCCUCCAGAGACUCCAGCGGAGGAGUUGGCUCAGAAGCCAGGAUGGAGAGUGGAAUUCCGUCCGCUCGAAAUCCAGUUGUCGGACUUCGAGAAUGCGGCAUACUCGGUGUUCAUCGUUCUUAUUGGAAAAGUAAUCCUCAAGUACAACCCCGAUUUUUACAUUCCUAUCCUGAAGGUUGACCAGAACAUGGAAACGGCCCACAAGGUAGAUGCCGCAAUUCAUCAGCGGUUCUGGUUUAAGAAUCCUACACGGUGGAACGUCAACAACGAAGACUUCAAGGGCUACGACUUGAGCUGGUUCGACCGCUUUAUUCAUGAUGGAAAUGAUUUGUUCAACGAAAACGGUGUUUACUUGAAUGGCUACUCGCAGAGAAGCAGCAGCAGUUGCACCCUCGAGAACGAUGGAGAGGAGGGCCCCAACGAAGUCAAGUUGAGCGCUGACGAACUUAUCAAUGGAACCGACAAAUUCCCAGGAUUAGUCCGCAUGAUAAUUAAGUACAUUGCAACAGAUUUGAUUCCCGAGGCCAAAACCAACAGCGUGAAGCACUGCAAGAACAUUGCAACAGCCAAAGAGUUAUGGACUCUUCAGAGCUACUUGAGGUUAAUUAGUGGCCGUGCUAGCGGAAGGAUCCCAACCAUUGCACGGUUCUUGAGGGACUUCAUAUUGAAGCACCCUGACUACAAAAAGGACUCUAAGGUUAGUGACGCGAUUAACUACGACUUGGUGAACGCUGCAGUGGCCAUUACCAACUUGGAUGCAACCAAGCCGGAGUUGUUGACACUGUACUAUGGGAAGGACAUUUACGACUACUUGAAGUCUCGAUAG